CGGCUGUGGAGCUCUUCAGGGCAGUUUGAGUCAAACUGAAGGUUUGGCGAGGCUGGAGGGCUGGAGGCGGUCGACAUGGUGAAGAAUGUUCCGGAAAGUCAAAAAGCGGCACAGCAGCAGCAGCUCGCAAAGCAGUGAGAUCAGCACCAAGAGCAAAUCUGUGGACUCCAGCUUGGGAGGGCUCUCCAGAUCCAGCACCGUCGCCAGCCUCGACACAGACUCCACCAAGAGCUCAGGUAACGGCACGUCUGAAACAUGUGCCGAGUUCCGGGUGAAGUAUGUGGGAGCCAUAGAGAAGUUACAGUUUGACAUGAGCAGGAGCCUCCAGGAGCCUCUGGACCUCAUCAACUAUAUUGAUGCCGCCCAGCAAGAUGGAAAGCUGCCCUACGUGCCCCGAGACGAAGAGGUGAUUCUGGGAGUGUCAAAGUAUGGAGUCAAGGUGGCCUCGCCGGACCAGUGUGACGUGCUGCACCGCCACUCCCUGUACCUGAUCGUGCGCAUGCUGUGCUACGACGACGGCCUCGGUGCAGGGAAGAACCUCCUGGCUCUCAAGACCACCGAUGCAAAGCAAGAGGCGUGCAGCAUCUGGGUGUACCAGUGCAGCAGCUCGGAGCAGGCUCAGUCCAUCUGCAAGGUGCUGUCGGCCUCCUUUGACUCCGCGUUGACAUCAGUCAAAUCCUGAGAGCAGAGAGAAAUGAAACGACUGCAACAGCAAAACAGAAGAUUGACAAAGAAUUGCAACCAUUUCCUUUUUCUCCAACUAUGAUUAGUUUUCUCUGAGAGAUUUAUAUAUAAAUAUAUAUAUAUAUUAAUAUAUAUAUUUUUAUAUAUAUCCUAUCCCCUUUUCCCAUCAGGUGAGACGGUACAACUGUGAAUGUGUCUGAAUCGUUUCCUUUUAAUUAGUUUCUUCACCUCACAUGCUCCUUUGCCCUUUCACAUGAAGUCAAGAGCAACAAUGGAAAGGAAACGGUGGCAUUUUUUAACGCAUUGGAAUACAAUGUAUGUUAAUCACAUUUAAAGCAAACGAUGGUAUGAAUCGGUACGUGAUGGCGUCGUUCAUCUCCAGCAGCUGUCAGCAUGUUGGUUCUUGGUGACACCCAUCAGUGGAGAAACUACACGGUACACACCUUUUACAAUAUUUUGUAUUAUUGUGGAAAUUAUUCUGAUCCCUUUUAAGUUUAAAUAUCCGUGUAUUUUGUGGUGUUUUUCACAAACAGUGUUGGUACAAUAAGUCACUUUUUUGACUCGAAGGUACAUUUAUACCAAUAUGCUUUAACUGUGUGGGAGGAGCCUCAGUUUUAAUUUGUGGGAUUUACUCAUAUUUAAAGACAGAUUUGAUUUAUGGUAUCUUUUUUUUGGUCAUUUCUUUAUACUGUACGACUAAUUGGUACCAAAAGCUUGAUGUGUUUGAUUUGUAACUUUGUUUUUACGUAGUGAUUAAAAUGCAUUACAUCUAUUCCUCUGCUGAAACCACAGGAAUCCCAUUUGGCUGUAGAAUUAUUAUUUUUUGCUUCCCAUCGUGGUACUUCCCGACUUCACCUCAUUAGCUCAUUCUCUCUUUCAACAGCCUCGUUAAGAUUGUGUUGAAAAUGUGACUUUAAAUAAUUUGAGGCAAUUGCGAUUAGAUGAUUUAUUAAAGUGUAAUUUCUCCUUUU